UAUUUCUUCCUCCGAAAGAAAACCCAGAGAAAUCCAUAAACCCUAGGUUUACAGUUCUCGCUUCCGAUUAAAGCUUCCGUUCCAAGGUCUCUGCCCAAUUCGCCGGCGAUUUGGAUGGGGAUCAUUCGUAGUGGCUUCUCGUUCAUAUUGGGAACGGUCUGUGGGGUCUACAUCGCCCAAAACUACGACGUUCCGAACAUCAAGAAGCUCGCCAACACCGCUAUCGAAAUGGCUAAGGAAGAGGAGAAGAAAUAUCGCAAACGCAAGAAAGGGAACGACGACGAUUAGUUGCUGAAGCGACGCCUUUUUCUGCCACCCAGGUUCUUCGAUUUUGGGGAUUUUUGUUUUUGUUGGAUUUUAUACGAAUAGGUAAAAUGUGCACAGAAAUUGGAAAUAAGAGAGGAAAUUUUCAUAGAUGAUUGGGAUUGAAAAACCUCUUCCUGAAUAAUUUCAUUCUUGAGUGAAAAGAUCUGAUUUUUAUUGUUGAGAAAACUAGCGGGGGAUGUGUUUCUAGGGCUUAAUUGCUAUUUUCUCCCCUUAAUUUGGUCACUAUGAUUAAUUUUUAUCCCUUUUAAAAGGAAUAACUGGUUUUGGAUGGAAGAGACUUGCUUAUAAGAAUAUGUGGUGAUCAUUUUGUUGCUUGAUGUAGGAUCAGAAGAUGAUUAGCUUUCUGC